AUGGCCAACAAUAAGGAGACAGAGGAUGGUAAGAAGGAAGUAUUCAGGACGAGAAGCAAUGGAAGGAGGAAGAUCCCUAUUGAGAGAAUAGCAGACCAAACUAGAAAACAUGUUACGUUCUCGAAACGACGUCUAGGGUUGUUCAAGAAAGCAAGCGAGUUAUGUGCACUAUGUGGGGUGGAAAUGGCAGUCUUGACUUUCUCUGAGAGGGGCAAGCUAUUCUGCUUUGGUCAUCCAAACUCUGACAAUAUCAUUCGUCGUUACCUGAAUCUUGGGUCCUUCUAUGAUGAGCCUGCUGGGAUUGGUUUGAUGGUGGAAGAACAGAACAGACAGCGCGAUGAGAUCAAGAGAAAGACUGAUGAGAAAAAAAGGGCUACGAAUCGUAAUGUUGUGGAGAAAAAAAAGGUGGGUGAGCCUGUGGAUGAUGAGAAGAACUGUCAGUCGAGUGGUACAAAUGAAGGGUGUGGAAAUUGGUGGGAGGUAGCUGCGGUAAAUGAAAUGGGAUUGUAUGAACUCGAACAGUUCAAGGCGUGUCUUAUGGAACUUAGGAAGAAUGUUGCUGAGAAAGCUGAGGAGCUAACAGAGAACUCUUUGAUGUAUUCGUCCUGUCAAGCAGGUAAUGUUGUUAUUGAUCAGUUAGACACUAAUCAAAAUUUGAGCAAUGAUGUAGGUUGCAAUUCUUCGGGCUCUAGUACCAUUGGGAACACGGAUUUCUGGGACAAUGUUCGCGAUUUUGAAAAUCCUGUGCUAGGUAUGAUGAGCGAUAGCAGCCAUCUCAUAUCAGGGGAUGAUAAGGUUGCGAAUGUGGAUGUUUCCCAGAGCUACAAGUUCAGGUUCAUGAAUGAGGUUCAUAUGAUGAAUGAAGUUGAUUUGGAAAGUGGUCGAGAUGUUGCCCAUUUUUCUAAUCUGUCUCAGAGGAUGGGGGUUUUUAACUUCACCGUGAUGAAUCAGUAUUAUCAAGCGCCAAUGAUGGAGGAUCCGAAAGGAGCUCUAACCAAUCCGGGUGUAAUGCCUCAGGGUUUCAAGUAUGAGGGUGGACAGCUCUAA